GACCCGUCCCGAAGCGCGGCCGCCGCUGCGCACCCGUUUCGGCGGAGCCGCGGGGCCCCGGCGCGGCCUGCGGGGCAGCGGCAGCCUCCGUCCGUCCGCCCGCACCCCGACCGCGGAGGAUGAGGAGCCCGCAGCGACGAUUGAUAGAAAUAUGCAUUUCCGUAGUAUCACCUUUGAACUAAUGAAGUGGAAGUACAGAUGAAAACAGUCUGGAGGAAGCUUGAAGUACAAUACAGUUUCAUUCAGUUUCCUAAUUGUGAGGAAACAGAGUUUGAAAAGUUGCAAAAUCAUCUUUGCAGUCAAGCACCAAAUCUUGUAUUAGGCUUCACCGGACGGACUAAGCUCAACGUUUGUCAAGCAGAAGGGCCACUGCCUUGCACAGGAAGGAUUAAGAGUGAACAAUGACUCGACUAAGAGUUUAUGAGCGAUUGCUUGGAGCCUACCUGCUUAUCAUUUUACAUGUUCAAGGACAAAAUCUAGACAGCAUGCUGCAUGGCACUGGAAUGAAGACAAAUCCUGACCAGAAGAAACAAGCAAAUGGGGUAACACUUGCUCCAGAAGACACCUUACCGUUUCUUAAGUGUUACUGCUCAGGACAUUGUCCAGAUGAUGCUAUUAAUAACACAUGCAUAACUAAUGGGCAUUGCUUUGCUAUUGUUGAGGAAGAUGAACAUGGGGAACCAACGCUUGCUUCUGGUUGCAUGAAGUAUGAAGGUUCAGACUUCCAGUGCAAGGAUUCACCAAAAGCACAAUUACGUCGGACAAUUGAGUGCUGUAGGACUGACUUCUGCAAUCAGGAUUUACAACCAACUUUACCACCACUUGAUAGCACAGAUGGACUUUUUGAUGGCAGCAUUCGUUGGAUGGCAGUGUUGAUUUCUAUGGCAGUCUGCAUAAUUGUCAUGAUCAUCUUAUUUAGCUGUUUUUGUUACAAGCAUUAUUGUAAGUCGAUGGAGAGGCACUGUUAUAAUCGUGACCUGGAACAAGAUGAAGCAUUUAUUCCAGCUGGGGAGUCAUUAAAAGACCUUAUUGACCAGUCACAGAGUUCUGGCAGUGGAUCAGGACUACCGUUGCUGGUUCAGCGCACUAUUGCCAAACAAAUUCAGAUGGUGAGGCAAGUUGGAAAAGGACGAUACGGUGAGGUGUGGAUGGGCAAAUGGAGGGGUGAAAAAGUAGCAGUCAAAGUCUUUUUCACCACAGAAGAAGCCAGUUGGUUCCGAGAAACGGAGAUUUACCAAACUGUUCUAAUGCGUCAUGAAAACAUCCUUGGUUUUAUAGCUGCAGAUAUUAAAGGAACUGGAUCCUGGACACAGCUUUACUUGAUUACAGAUUAUCAUGAAAAUGGAUCACUCUAUGAUUUUCUGAAAUGCACUACACUAGACAACAGGGCUCUCCUCAAACUGGCAUAUUCUGCUGCGUGCGGUCUGUGCCACCUACACACAGAAAUAUAUGGAACACAAGGCAAGCCUGCUAUUGCACACAGGGACCUGAAGAGUAAAAACAUCUUGAUAAAGAAAAAUGGAACUUGCUGUAUUGCUGACUUGGGUCUUGCAGUCAAGUUUAACAGUGACACAAAUGAAGUUGAUGUUCCCCUGAAUACUAGAGUGGGAACAAAACGUUACAUGGCUCCGGAGGUCCUAGAUGAAAGCCUGAAUAAAAACCAUUUUCAACCGUAUAUCAUGGCUGACAUCUACAGUUUUGGGCUAAUCAUUUGGGAAAUGGCUCGGCGUUGUGUCACAGGAGGUAUUGUUGAAGAGUAUCAGUUGCCAUACUAUGACAUGGUGCCAAACGAUCCAUCCUAUGAGGACAUGAGAGAAGUGGUGUGUGUCAAACGUCUACGCCCAGUAGUAUCUAACAGAUGGAAUAGUGAUGAAUGUUUAAGAGCAAUAUUGAAAUUAAUGUCUGAAUGCUGGGCUCAUAAUCCUGCCUCAAGACUCACUGCCUUGAGGAUCAAGAAGACGCUUGCCAAGAUGGUGGAAUCACAAGAUGUCAAGAUUUGACUUAGUAAAUUGACAUUGGAGAGCAAAGCUGGACUCCUAGAACUUUUUCACCCAAACAUGGGUGAGACCUAUGUGGAAAGAGGAAAUAACUGAGAUUCAGUAUAUUUUCUCACCACGCUUCUACAGGCUGCUAAUCCAAUCUUUCAGUACUUCAUAGACUGUGAUACUGAGAGCCUCUGUACACUACAUGCUACGUAUAUGGACAGCCUUGGUAAAAUAACACAUUUUGUUUUUGUUUGAGCUGCAUUGAGACUUCAGUCACAUUUAGUGAGUCUCCAGUAAAACUCUGGGUACUGAAUUGAAUGUUCAGAUUACAGUGCUUUCUGUGAAAGCCUAACAAGCUCUAUGGAUUCAACAGAGAUGGAGAAUAUAAGCUUUUUAUUUGCCUCUACCUGAUAAAAAACCUAGUCAAUCCAUACCAAGUUUUUGUGAAACAGCUUGUAGGUUAUGAAUCUGUUUGUGAUACUACUCAGUUUAACAGUUCCUUAUGCCUUUAUGUGUGUGCCAGGAUUAUUUUGCUGCCAUUUGGAAUAGAUAAGAAAACAUUUAAAUGAACGAAGUUUUAUUAUCGGGGCUCUAUUGUGUGGCUCCACAAUUAGAGUUUUGCUACAGAAUUUACUCCUUGCCAUUAAGUUAUCCUUCAAAAAUCUCAGUUUUAUUUGAACUCUUGUUUAGGUCACAAGGAGAACUGCUAAAAUGUGAACAAUUAAUAAAUUAAGAAAUGCAUACCUGGUCUGUAAAGCACUUGAAACAAUCUUCUCUAGAGGUAUAGACUGCCUUGGUCAUCUUGCUUACAGAAUAGUGGGCUCCAUAAUUGGAUGACUGUGAAAUUUGGUAUACUCUUCACAAUGCCACAUGCAGCCAGUAUUCUUGCUGUAGGGUACUUUUUAUCUGAACAGAAAGGCCACUGAUGUUGUGGUUUUGCCUUUACACUUUAGUGGAACUCACUGGUAGGUGCAUGUCAUAGUCUGAACUUUUCCAUACAGGAGGGAAUUAGUCAGCUGUAGAAGCAUGCUUUCUCACUGUUCGACAAAACUAGGCAGAAGAUAAGUUUUAAAGGCUUGAGAACCAGUAUCAUUUUAAGACACAAAAGGAGGAAAGAUUAGAAGGUUAGAGAAUACAAUGAAGGUCCAGACCUGCAGAACAGAAUACAUGAACUGUUGAAGGUAAGAUCCACAACAUGCAGAAGAUUUUGGGCUGGGUUGCUCUGAUGUAAAUGCAGGAGGUCAUGUCUGUGGGACACUUAGUGGACAGUUGUAAAAUUCAAGAAUUGAGAAAAAAUAAAUCAGUGGGUGUUUUAUGUUCUAGUUAGCCACAUUUUUGAGGAAUGGCAUUGAAAGAUACUUUAUGAAGAUACAAUAAAUUAGUAUAAUUGCAAAAUUUGGUCCUAUUGUGCCAACUGUUUGGCAUGCACAAGAAACUGUAGUUCCUUCCUUUUCUCCUCUGAUCCAGACAAGUUGGUUAAAAACCAGAACCCCUCCAUGAGGUUACUGUAAGGCAGAAGUAAUGAUUUAUAAUUUCUUUGGCACUUCUACUUUGAAGUCAGAAAAUAGUAUGAUAAAGUUGAAGCUUCAACUGCAUGAAUCAUCAGAAGAAUUAAAACACAGUAUUGGUAUCAUUGAACCUAUUCGAUAAUUUAAGUGCCUAUAACUUUGUACUGUAAAUCUUGUUCUAGAUAACUUUAAAAAGGGAAGUUAUUUAUACAGUGUGUUUUGUGCUUUAUUAAAAAAAAAUCUAGUCCUAUGUACAUGUGUAUAAUUAGAUACAUGCGUGCACACACACAUAUAUGCCAUAGCUGAGAUUUGAAGAAAAAAGGAAUAAUAUGAAAAUUGAAUAAAAAAUGUUAAAACUUCAGAUUGCUUUAUGCCAGAUUAUCUUUUGUCUUAAAGUAUGUACAUGGAGAUUGUUUUGUUAUGUUUAAAUUUCCCUUGAAAAUACAUC